AAAGCACAUGGUGGAUGUGCCAAAAUGUGCAAAAUAAAACAGUCGAUAAAACUACAUUUGAACUUGACAUAGGGUAUGUUAAAAUGCCUUAAACAUAGACAAUAUACAGUAAAUCACCAGCACUAGCUGUCACACAGCAGCAGGCACCCCAAACCAAUAAAACAUGAGACUUAACCAUGCCAGUUUUAACUGGGGAGUGUCAAGAGCCAUUUCCCAAUACGCUGUUAUGUAACUGUGUGUGGUUGUGUGUGCGCGUGUGUUGGACUGGCCUGUCACCCACUCUCAGCUUUGGACCGUGGCAGUGUUUAUACUUGAGCCUGGAGAACAGACCCCCAAAAGCAGGAAGUGCCUCAGCUGCCACAACACCACUGAGACUCUCCAGGGCAGGAGUGCAACUGCCUACGCUGCGGGUGAGUAGUCUAGCACAAUAUGGCUUCCAUUAAUGCAUGAAAUCUGGCCAAGGGAAGGACGAAAUGGAGGCGGAUCAUUGCGGUCAUUUCACUAAAGAGGAUUAAGUAUGUGAGAACAUAAAAACAGUUGAACGGUUCGAUAAGAGGGGAUAUGUUUAUACUGUACAGGAGUCAUUUACCUUAGCACGGCAGUAACUGAUUAUGUGAUGAGUGUUCACAAAAUGGUGUUCACAAAAUUGCCACAGUGCAUUGCAUCACCCAGGUGGCCGCCACACACUAAAGCUGGAUGAGGUGAGUUACACAAACACAAUGUCAUAAUGUGUGUGAAGUGUUAGCUGACCGUACAGGUCAUGAAGUGUGUGAGCUAUUCACACACAUGUUCCAGGAUCAUUUACAGGAUAAACAAACGGUUAACCCUGAGUGGUUGAUUUCAUAUGACGGGUCGUGGAGGUUGGAGAGAGGGGGCCCAGGAUGGGGGGCAGACAUACGUACGCUCCUGAAGGCACGUACACACACACCUAUGGAUCUUUCUAGUCCCUCUACAACAGGAAAGGUCCUGUGCAAAGGUUCUCUUCCCCUGUAGUAGACUACUUAAACCUGUAUGAAAAAAAAACACACACACAUAGACCAGCAACACACACACACACACACACACACACACACACACACACACACACACACACACACACACACACACACACACACACACACACACACACACACACUACUAGAUCCUUUGUGGUAACCUCUACCACCAUUUCUAUAAAUCAGUUCUAUUAAACACUUAUAUUAAUAAUUUAUAUUACAGUUUUUACCAAUUGUUUACACACUACAAUUGGAACUUGAAAUGCAAUCACCGAAACCUGAAACUCAUGUACCAAAUCCCUAAACCAAGUCUGCAAAAUUGCAAGCACAAUUCCUGCUUUACACUCAGUUUUGAAUUUUAUAUCACACUUUUUGCAAAACACUACACACAGUUCUCUACAUUAGGCACAACAUUCACAAUUAAAAUCUCUUUAGUCCCUUUGGAAAGCAACGCCAAUCACAAUGCCAAGCUCUAUACACCAAUUGGCAACACCCAUCCCUGACAGGUGUAAACACUAGUAGCUGAAUUGUUCACUAAGAAAUCAGAGCUUCAGCACUAUAAAAGGCCACAGAUGAGCUCUCCUGUUUUGGAGGAAAAUGGAAGUCAAUGGUGAAGCAAGAGCUAGAGGUGAAGGAGUGAGAGUAAGAGGAGGAUGAGGAAGGACGAGGAAGGACAGUUGUCUCAGAUGAGAUCAAGGCCACAUUGGUUGGCCAUGUGCUCAACCAUGGGUUGAGUAUGAGGGAGGCUGGGCAGAGAGUUCAGCCCAACCUGAGCCGCUACACGGUUGCAUCUAUCAUCCGUACAUUCAGAAAUGACAACCGGUAAGUUACCUACCAUCUACACUAUGCUCUUUAUGUAUGUAUACUGUUGUAUACUGCAGUCCGACAUAUCAGUAGGCCUAUGUUACUCAGUGAUUGUUGGCCAAUGUUACAGUAAUGUCAUUUCAAAUUGAAAGAACAUUUUGUAUUUUUGUUUACUGCAACCAACGACAUCAUAUUUGUGGAUCUUCUGCAGAACUGAGAGACGGCCAGGCCAUGGUGGAAGACACCGUUCACACCAGAACAGGAUACUGCUAUUGUGAACAUGGUGGUGGCAAACAAUACCAUUAGACUACAAGAAAUCCAGAACCACAUAAUUGCAGACACAAUAUUCAAUAACAUUCACCAGGUGGCGUCACGACUACCCCCGAAGUCGGCUCUUCUCCUUUUUCGGGCGGCGUUCGACGGUCGACGUCACCGGCUUCCUAGCCAUCGCCGCUCCAUUUUUCAUGUAUCCAUUUGUUUUGUCUUGUUCCCUGCACACCUGGUUUUCAUUCCCCAAUCAAUCUACAUGUAUUGAUUCCUCUGAUCCACAUCAUGUCUUUGUGUAAGAUUGUUUGUGUUACGUGUGUAUUGUUGACGCGCCGGACUGGCUUGUUUUUUCCGUGUUAUUUUCACAAAGAUGUUUAUUGUUAAACAAUUCUUGUGACUGUUUUGCGCGUUUUGCACUUUUGCCUCAAUAAAGUGUGCGCCUGUUCACAAAUCUCUGCUCUCCUGCACCUGACUUCGCUACCAGUACGCACACACCUUGACAGGUGGGCUUGUCUACAUUGGACCGUGUAUUACAGCGCAACCGAAUCCGGAUGAAACAGGUCUACAGGGUGCCAUUUGAGCAAAACUCAGAGAGGGUUAAAGAACAGCGCUAUGAAUAUGUGCAAAGAGUCUUGGAGCUGGAUGCCGCUGCAAUUCAGCACGUUUAUAUUUACAUUGAUGAGGCUGGCUUCAACCUAGCCAAAAGAAGGGGAUGGAGACGGAACAUUAUUGACCACCAUGCCAUUGUGAAUGUCCCUGGACAGCAUGGAGGGAAUAUCACCAGCCAGAAAGGUGUCCUCCAUCACCAUGCCAACGUUGGUCCCUACAACACCGCCCUUCUCAUUACAUUCCUGGACACACUACAUGGCAUCCUCAUUCCAGCCGAGCAGAGGGGUGGACCAGAGCAGCCCAGGUAUGUUGUCAUCUGGGACAACGUGAGUUUCCACCGGGCUGCUCUGGUCUGCAACUGGUUCAUCGACCACCCAGAUUGUAUUGUUCUAUACCUCCCACCAUAUUCCCCAUUCCUAAACCCAAUUGAAUACUUUUUUUCGGCAUGGCGAUGGAAGGCGUAUGACCGCCAUCCCCUCACACGCGUACCUCUUCUCCAGGCAACGGAGGAUGGAUGUGGUGAAGUUGAUGUGGGGGCUUUCGGCGGCUGGAUCCGUCACUCCAGAAGAUUCUUUCCCCGAUGUUUAACCAGGGAAAACAUCGCUUGUGAUGUAGAUGAGGUGCUGGGGCCAGACCAAAAUAGGAGGCAGGAUGCAGCCUAAUGUCUUUUUUCUUACAUUUUGCAUGUGUUUUUGUCUUUUUUUUUUGUUUAGAGUUUUGAAAGAAUGAGCCACUUUCCUUUUUUAUUUUUGUACAGAAAACCCUUUAUCUUACUGAAUGUUUUUCCUGUUUUCUCCUGUUGGGUAUGGAAAGUGUUACAUACAAAACACAAGUGUUCAAAAAUAGUGCAUUUUGGAAAUAAAUGACUAUGUUUUUGUUAA